CGCUUCGCAAAGAUACACUGUAGCAAACGGAAUUAUAGCUGCCAUAGUUCGAUUUACAAGCAAUGGGUAGCUAAAAUUUAAAGGAAAUAUAUUAGGGGGGAGGAGGGUGUCAUUACGAUGCACAGAGUUUCGACCUGUUUUUCUAAUCUAAGCUUCUAGGGAAAAUUUUGAAGAUCAAAAACAUAAAUUCGAUGAAAAAUGAAUGACAUGUUUACCAAGCUGAAGAUAUUAAUCUUCUUGAAAAGUGGCAAAGAGCAAUUCCUCGUGCAGAUAGGAUGCUUAAGUUCACUGAUCAUGUUUGUGCUUUGCAUUUUGGUGAAGAUGAUAUUGAGAUCCAUUAUACAGUUACAUUACCCAUUAUCAAGUUACAUUCAUGUGGUUUGGAAGCAAGAAAGGGAACGGCCUAGAUUGAAACCUUCUGCCACUCCUUCUAAAUUCCCAAAUUGCUGGCUAUGUUGUCAGAGAGGCAGAAAAGUUUUCUAAUUGCCAUACUUGUUUAGACAGCCUAGUUUUUCAAAAUGUUAAUCCUUCCUAUGCUGAAUUGAUAAAAUUAAAGUCUAAUGUUGUUAAAGUAUCGUACAGAAAAGAAUUUACAGAACGAAAUUCGGAAAAAACUGAAAGUAUGUGAAUAGGUCGGUGAUCAGAUGCCAGAUUGCAAAUAAGAAGGUGAGGUAUUAGUGCAAGAUGAUAAGAAGUGGGACAGUGUUUGGAACACAGAUGAAAUUCGAAAAAAUAGUGCUAACUGGACUCUUGCUGGAGAUGUUGGGUUAUAAAACUUGCUGAAUGAAAUCUCCCAAAACAUUAUAUCUAGAACACAUGAGGUACAAAAUGUUGUGGACUCCUUAAUUCACAACACAAAGGAGAAGGUGGUGCCCAGCGAGUUGGUUCCUGCCUUUGGCAAUAAUCAGCAAUAAUUUCUGCAUCAGUCUGAUCAUUCUUUUGUCGUACAAGUUUACUCCUUGCAUAAGAUUUUAUGCAAUGAGGAUUUACUACACUAACAAAAUGUCCAGCAUUGCGUAUAAAUUCAGCUAAAGCUUCACUGUAGCAACCAGUGGAUUCCAUACAUGCCUUUACUUCUUCUAUGUUAUGCUUUUGUAGAAAACUCAGCAGACCUUGAAAUCCAUGAUCAUCAUUUUUAAGACUCCUUUUUCUAGUUUCAUGUUCCCUUUUUUACUUAUAAUUGUGAGAAAGGCAUCAAAGCGAUCUUUCGAUACGUCUAUGCCUAAAAAGUUGUUGAUCAUAUAUAACUCCAUACAUUACCAUUUAAAGUGAAAAGUAAGGCUAGUCUUGUGAAUACAGAAUUAGAACCAUUUAGGUCUUUCUACGAUACCGUUCAGCCUAUACUUUUGAGAAGGGAGCUCUUAUCUUUUUUACAGAUUUUAUAUCUAAGUACGCACUCAGAGUUCCUCCCUUCUCCAUCUAACGCUUAAGCUUAAAACAUUAGAUGCUUUCUUCGAGAUACAAAUACCUAUAUUUGAGAGAACAAUUUAAAUAAAAGUGGCAUUUUAAAUAUAAAAAAGCAAAAUUGUUGCAACGAAGCUAAGCAAAUUAGUUUAUAUCUAAAUGUGGCAAAAAUAGGCUAAUAUAACUGACUUUGCUGUAUAGUAGAAUUAUUAUAAAGAAAAGUUCGAACGUAUUAUUUGGUAGACCAACACGUUCCAAAAAAAACUUGUUCUCACGGUUAUUAUUUUCAAUUAAACAAAAGUGACCAUAUUAUUAAUUUAAUGAUAGAAAGUAUUGAAAUAUAUACCUAUUGAAAUAAUGUUAUUAGUCAUAAAAAAAAACAACUUUACUUUGCUGAUUUUUAUGGCUACCAUAUGAAUAGUUUAAUAUAGUGAGUCGAUAUGUUAGCAGGGAGUAAAAAGUCCGGUAAAUCACCUAAUGAAAUCUUGAAUCGAGAUAGUGAGAGCACUCUAAAAAAGUCAGAUUUUGUUGCUAGAAACCCUAUUUCCAUUUUUAGUCUGAUAAAAAAUGCAAAGGAUGAAGAGGGGAAAAAGAAGCUUAAUCAACUUUUGCAGACACUAAGGAAGAAAUUGCCUGAGGGCUUUAAGAUAGGAGCUGCUGUAGGCGAAGGGGAUUGUUUCUUUGAUUCCGUAGCUCAAGGAUUGAACGAGCUAAAAGAUAAAGGUCUGAUUGCAGAUAGUAAAAGAUUUAGUGUAAAGUCUUUGCGGGAAAAUUGUAAGCAAUAUGCACUACAAGCUAAUCAAUCAAGAAAAGAUUCAUGGUUGGGUAAUGCUCUAGAAGGAGAAGGUGGAAAGUUUUGUGAAUAUAUUCCGCUUAUUGAAUUUACUGCAGAAGACAUUGAAAAUGCAAGUUCUGGUUCGGAAAUAAAAAUUCUAAAGUUGGAAAAUGCUAUAUGGGGUAGACCUAAAGUUGAAGGAAAAAUGAUAUGCGAAAAGCAUAGCGUAAAAAUUAGGAUUAUAAAAUUGAGAGAUGAAGAGAUAGAUAGAUUACAUGUUACUAAAGGUAAGGUAGGUACAGGUAAUAAUAUUAUUUAUAUACUGAAUUACAGGAACCAUUUUGUACCACUUCUUAGUAGUAUUGAAAAAGAUAUAAAGAGAACCAUAAAAGUUUCUAGAGAGGAAGCUUACGGUAAUGUGGUAGGUUCAAAUUCAAACAAUAUUUCUCAAUCUUGCAUUUAUACACCAUUACAAGAUAUUGAAAAUUCCUCUCACGGGCAAAGCGAUCAUUCAAGGAGUAUGGGUAGAAAACGUGGGCGUUCUGUUACAGACAAAGAUGGUACAGUAUCGAAGAGGCUGCGCAUGGAUGUAAAUGUUACUAGUAAUGAAGAUUCAGAGUUUCCUAGUGCUUUACAAUAUGAAUCUGGAUAUGAUGAUCAUGCUUAUCAAGCUAGUCGAUGCAUUCCUCAUCAUUUGAUUGAACUUAUGUAUCAAUUAAACUUGUUGGUGCUUUGCUCACUUAGAAAGUCUAUGUAUGAACAUAAGUACCCUUCAUUGUCAUUAGCGUUUGGAGAUUCUGAGAUUGAUAAAUUUAGUAAUAUUGUUCUCCGUUAUGAGGGGAAGUCUACUCAUAUACAAGUUAAAAAUGUGGAUAAUUAUAUAGAUAGUAAUAUCAGCUAUGCUAGGUUAUUUAAUAAAGAAAGACGAAGCUCUUCUAUUAAUAGUUACUUUGAUAGUUUUGUUAAACAUCUAAUCUCUAAGUCAGAUAGUUUAUGUAAUGUGGAAUAUCUUACUGUCUAUACCAAUUCAGGCUUGGAUCUUACAGAAGAAAAGGAAUUAAAACAAGGACGAUCCAAAAACUUUUAUCCUUUUAAAUUUUAUAGCAUAAAUAUAGAGGAAUAUGGCAUUCUAAAAAACUUUUUAUUUACAAGUAAUAACAUACAAGGGCAUGGGUUUUAUCAGUUUUCACAAGAUAAAACAACAAGAGAAGAACUCUUAAAGCAAUUAAAAUUCUCUCCUGCCGUGCAGAAAGUAAUAAAAAAAAGAGAGCUUUCUCUUGGAUUUGAAAAAGAAAUAAAAGAAGCGUUUUUAGAUAAAUUAGUAUUUGCAGUUAAUCAGCCUAAUAGAGAAGAGCUGAACAGCAUUAUUAAAAGUGAAAUGAAAAAAAAUAGUGAAGUUCGAGACAAUUAUAUAACAUUACAAGAAAGAAUAUUAAGUAAUUUAGAAGAGCAUAAAAAACUUGGAAACUAUAUAUCUGGAAUUAUAUAUGAAUUCAAUUUAUUAAUGCUUUUUUUGCACGACAUGUUCUUGCAUAAAAAUAUGUUUUCCAUAAAUUUUGAAGGAAAAAGCCGUGAUAUAUCUAAUUAUAUUACUAUCAAUUAUAAAGGUAGAACUACUUACUUAAAGGCUCAUUACGCAGAUAGUAAUAUUGAUUAUAAUCAGUUAUUUCCCUCCAGACAACAGAAUAAUACAUUUUCUAUUAAUAAGCUUUUUACUCUUUUUGUUGAAAAAUUAGGAAAAGCUAUAAAAUUUUUUAUUAUCUAUACUAAUAGAGGUUUAGAUCUUACAGAAGAAAGGGAAUUAAAACAAGGACAAUCUAAAGGCUUUCAUCCUUUGAAAUUUGAUAUUAUGGAUAUUCGAAAGAGGAAGUAUAAAAUUUUAAGAGAUUGUUCAUGUAUAGAUGGGAAUGGUCUUUAUCAAUUUGCACAAGAAGAAACAACAAGACAAAAGCUUUUAAGUCUAUUAAAGCUUCCACCUUCUUUACAGAAAGAAAAAGGAGGAGUUUCUGAUGAGAAUGAAAAAGAAAUAAAAGAGAAAUUUUUAGAUAAAUUAGUAUUCGUGGUCCACCAGCCUAAUAGGGAAAAGUUGAAUAGUGUUAUUAGAGGUAAGAUAGAUAAUCAGUCUAAUAAUACAUAUAAUUGCGAAGAGUUACAUGAAAUAGCAUUACGUUGGUUAGAGUCUCAUGAACUUGGUCCUGUCAGAAAGGGAAUAAUGGAAAAGCUUUUGGAAGAUAUCAAAAAUAAUAGAUCUAGUUAUCAGGAGAUUCAAAAUAAAGAUAUUAAUGAGGAAUUUAAAUUUGCUAAAAGUGUGGUUGGCAGAGAAGGAACGUCUAUGUUUUAUCAGUUCUUGGGUUUUUUAGUGAAAGGAGAAGGAAGGAAGUGUCUGGAAGUUCUGAAAAGAAAAGGAAUAAACCUAUCUACUGUGUCCAGUAUUUUGCAUGGAGCAGGGGAUAGUGCUGUAAAAGCUUUUAAAGACUUAUAUGACUUUUUGUUUGAUGAAGUAGGAAAUAAAAUGCAAUACUUGAAAACUCUUGAAGAAGAAGGAAUAAAUCUAGCUAAUAUAUCAAGCAUUUUGCAUGGAGCAAGAGCUAAUGCUGCAAAAGCGUUUAAGGACUUAUAUGAUCUUUGGUUUGAUCAGAACGGAAAAAAAACAAAAUGUUUAAUAAAACUAGAAGAAAAUGGAGUAGGUCUAGUUCGUGUGUCCAGUAUUUUAAGUGGAGCAGGGACUAGUGCUGCAAAAGCUUUUAAAGAUUUAUAUCACCUUUGGUUUGAUAAAAAAGGAAAUAGAACACAAUAUUUAAAAACUCUUGGAAAAGAAGGAAUAAAUCUAUCUAAUAUGUCCAGUGUUCUAGGUGGAGCAGGAACUAAUGCUCCUAAAGCUUUUAAAGAUUUAUAUGAUCUUUGGUUUGAUGAGCAAGGAAAUAAAAAACAAUAUUUAAAAACUCUAGAAGAAAAAGGAAUAAAUCUAUCUAAUAUGUCCAGUAUCUUGCACCGCGCAGGAGCUAAUGCUGCAGAAGCCUUUAAAGACUUAUAUGCUCUUUGGUUUGAUGAGCAAGGAAAUAAAAAACAAUAUUUAAAAACUCUAGAGAAAGAAGGAAUAAAUCUAUCUAAUGUGUCCAGCAUUCUAGGUGGAGCAGGAGCUAAUGCUGCAAAAGCUUUUAAAGACUUAUAUGAUCUUUGGUUUGAUCAGAACGGAAAAAAAGCAAAAUAUUUAAUAAAACUAGAAGAAAAUGGAGUAGGUCUAGUUCGUGUGUCCAGUAUUUUAAGUGGAGCAGGAAUUAGUGCUUCUAAAGCUUUUAAAGAUUUAUAUAAUCUUUGGUUUAAUAAGAAAGGAAAUAGAACACAAUAUUUAAAAACUCUGGAGAAGGAAAGAAUAAAUCUAUUAACUGUAUCCAGUAUCUUAAGUGGAGCAGGAACUAGUGCUUCUAAAGCUUUUAAAGACUUACAUGACUUUUGGUUCGAUAAGCAAGGAAAUAAAACUCAAUAUUUAAAAACUCUAGAAGAAAAAGGUACAAAUUUAUCUACUGUAUCUAGUAUUUUACAUGGAGCAGGAACUAGUGCUUCUAAGGCUUUUAAAGAUUUAUAUAACCUUUGGUUUGAUGAAAAAGGAAAUAGAACACAAUAUUUAAAAACUCUAGAGAAAGAAGGAAUAAAUCUAGCUAAUAUGUCCACUAUUCUAGGUGGAGCAGGAGCUAAUGCUGCAAAAGCUUUUAAAGAUUUAUAUGAUCUUUGGUUUGAUGAGCAAGGAAAUAAAAAGCAGUAUUUAAAACAUUUUACUGAGAAAAAAGAUAGGGAAAAAACUUUUACGAUGUAUAACUUAUCCAGCAUUUUAGGUGGAGUAGGAGCUAGUGCUAAAGAUGCUUUUGAAAAAUUGCAUAAUGUUUGUUUUAAUGACGAAGGAAAAAGAACAGAACUUUUAGAUGAUUUCUAUGAGGCAGGUUUUGAACCAAGUAACUUAUCCUGUAUGUUAUGUAAAGCAGGAGUUCAUACUUCUUCCAUCUUAAAAAGAUUGCAUAGCGUUUGUUUUAAUGACGAAGGAAAAAGAGCAAAACUUUUAGAUGACUUCUAUACUGUAGGUUUUAGGCCAUGUGAUUUGUGCAGUAUAAUAAGUGGAGCAGCGGAUAGUUUAGAAAAUUUUCAUGAUUUUUGUUUUAUAGGGGAAACAAAAAAGUAUUUAAACCAUUUUUUAAAUGAGGAACAAGGUUUUACUCUGAGCAAUUUAUGUAAUAUAUUGCAUGGAGUAAGAGCUAAUAUUUGUUCUGCUUUAAAAGAUUUUCAUGAUGUUUGUUUUGAUGGGGCAGGAAGCAAAACGCAACUUUUAGCUGAUUUCCGUAAGGUGGGUUUUAAGCCGAGUGAUUUAUCCAAUAUAUUGUCCAUGGCUGGAAGUAAUGCCGCUUCUAUUUUAAGAAAUUUUCAUGAAGUUUAUUUUAAUCAAGAAAAUUAUUUAAAUCACUUCUUAGCCAAGAAGGAACUUUUUACGCCAAAGGGUUUAUCCAAGAUAUUACAUGGAGUAGGAAUUAAUAUUUGCCCUAUUUUUGAAAAAUUGCAUGACCUUUGUUUUGACAAGGCAGGCAACAAAACGAAAUAUUUAAACAAUCUUAUCAAAAAUAAUCGGCAUGAGAUGUUUAAUAUAUUAUAUAAAAAAAUCAGGAAAGGUCCUUGUACUACUUUCUUCGAUGAUAUAGCACUUCAACAACAGGAUAUUGGUAGGAUAGAGGAAGACGAAAGAGAUGUAGAUGAUUCUCCUAUUCCUUUGAGUAAUGAAGAAGAGCAUAUGGGUUCAGGUAGUCAGGAUAAAAGUAGCAAAAAGCAAAAAGGUAGUCCACAAUGAAGUAAUUCUAGUUCCCAUAAGAGAAAAGUCGAAGAAAUAGAUAGUUCACAAAAGAGAUGUAACUUCAGGAAAAGGCCAAAGGCAAACACACUCAGUAUAUUCUGACGAAAAGCGAGAAGAAGUGUCUUCACGGUUAUCAGAAUUUAUGUCUAAUAACUUUCCCAACGCUUCUAUUUAAUCGGUAAGACAAGGUCUACAUUUACCUUCCUUUGAAAAACGUGGGGUUGAGAUUGAUGGUAAAUGUGUAGCAAUUACUCGUAGCUUUUCUCAAGCUUUAUUUUUGAAUGGUGAAAAAGCAUUUUUGAGUAAUUUAGAAGUUUCAGCUAAAAUUUAUGAAUACAUAGAGCAGCAUAAGCAAAUAUCUGCGAGUGAGAAAAGAAAAGUUCAUGAUUUAGAAAAUUUAAUUUAUAGUUUUGAAGAGCAGCUAAACUCUUAUGAGAAUAGUAGUCUACCUUUAAGAUUGAUUCACAACACCAAAGAAGACCGUAAAACGUUUAGUAAUUUAUCAAGUUUUAUAGCUGGAAUUAAGAGUGAUUUUGCUAUUCACUUAGUGACAAAAGGUCAUGUUGUUGCAAUAUAUAGGGUUGGUGAUAGCUAUGCUUAUUUUGAUAGCAAUGCAGCGUUUAUUUCCGGGUUAAGAAGUGUUGAUCAGCUCACGCAAGUUAUGGAAAGAGAGGUAAAGUUUGCUGGCUAUGUACUAGUGGAAAACUUUUUUUGUUGAACACUUUGAUGUCGAUAAAGCUAAUAACUUACUAUCUGAUGAAGAUAAACAAACUCUAACAAGAGAAAUCAAAACUGAGUGUCAACUUCUAGCAGAGCAAAAUAAGGAGUUUGGUCUUACUAAGAUCAAUGGUCGAGAAGUAUCCAGAGUACAGCUAUAUGACUUUGGAACUAAAAUUAAUGUGGAAAGUAGUGUACCAUUUGUAAGAGUUUAAUUAAAAUAUUAUUUGGUGCGUAUUAAA